CUUCCUCCCAUCAGCUGUUUUUGUUGUGCUGUGGAUUUAUUGGAAGUUAAUAACAUAAUAAUAACAGUGAAUGUGAGCUAAAGGGAAACAGCUCAUUGAGGAAGUGUUGUCGCUUAUUUUUGUAUCCCGUUCUUAUUUGGGAUAGUACACUCGACGGAUGAUGUGUACCGUCUGAUCCCGUCUACCCCGGACAUUCCUCUCCCCGAAGAGUGCGAGCGUGGCGCUUGGAAUCGGGGAGCAGAGGAGGGGAAGCGGGUUCCGGUGGGGAUCGACCCGAGCCCAAGGCCUCCGACACCAGGCAGCUAGAGGAGAGGGAAUUGGGCAGCUGGAAUGGAGUCCCAGGACGCAUCGGACGAUCCUGGAGUGCACCGAGGCUUCAUCUGCGCCUCGUUCAACCAGGACACCACUUCUCUGUCUGUGGGCACUAAAACUGGCUACCGGCUCUUCUCUGUCACAGCUGUGGACAAACUGGACUGCAUCCAUGAAGGAGUGGAAUGUCCAGACGUCUAUAUAGUGGAGCGACUGUUCUCCAGCAGUCUGGUCGUGGUGGUCAGCCUGUCCAUGCCCCGGCGGAUGAAUGUCUACCACUUUAAAAAGGGUACAGAGAUUUGUAACUACAGCUACUCUAACAACAUCCUCUCCGUCAGGCUAAAUAGACAGCGUCUUGUGGUAUGUCUGGAAGAGUCGAUCUACAUCCACAAUAUCAGAGACAUGAAACUACUCAAGACCCUGCUCAACACACCCGUCAACCCUUCAGGUCUGUGCGCGCUCUCUGUCAAUCAUAGUAACUCCUACUUGGCGUACCCUGGCAGUGCCACCAUCGGAGAGAUCACGGUCUACGAUGCCAACAACCUGAGCACCUUGACACUGAUCCAGGCCCACGACAGCCCCCUGGCGGCUCUAACAUUCAACGCAUCGGGCACAAAACUAGCCAGUGCAUCAGAGAAGGGCACCGUUAUAAGAGUUUUCAGUGUUCCUGAAGGUCAGAGGCUGUUUGAAUUUCGACGAGGGAUGAAAAGAUAUGUUAGCAUCAGUUCACUGUCCUUCAGUGCAGACGCUCAGUUCCUGUGUGCCUCCAGCAACACUGAGACUGUCCAUAUCUUUAAACUGGAGCAACACAGUCCCAAUUUGUUUCCUUCAAGUCAAGAAGAGGAGUCUCCCACAUGGUCUGCAUAUGUGGGCAAAAUGUUCACUGCAGCUACUACCUACUUACCUGCCCACGUGUCCGACAUGAUGCACCAGGACCGAGCCUUUGCCACUGUACGACUCAACAUGUUUGGCUUGAAAAACAUCUGUGCCCUGGCAACGAUUCAGAAGCUUCCUCGCCUGCUUGUGGCAUCCUCAGACGGGUAUCUUUACAUUUAUAAUGUGGAUCCACAGGAUGGAGGCGAGUGUGUCCUUGUACAAAAACACAGACUCUUUGAAUCCAGUGAGGAGCAGGAGGAACAGAAAGAAGAGGAGAAUCCAGAAGAUGUUCCUCCACAACCAGCCAGCCAAUCAUACGCUGCCACUGUGGCUCUCCCUUCAACCCCGCUCUCUUCCACCACUCUCAUGGGCUACUCUGAAGAAGGUGGAGCCCAAAGGGGUGAAGUCAUCCCUGACCACGAGCUUGCUGAAGGCCCUGUUUGUCUGGAUGAUGAGAACGAGUUUCCUCCAGUCAGCAACCAGAGUAACUAACCACAACCACCUUCCCACGAACACCUCAUGUCCCUGCUCAAAAGUCAAACUUACAGUACUUGUUUAAAGCAGGGACAAUGGACAAGAAUAUCCCUAAUAUGUUGAAACAUUGUGGUUCUUCCAUCUUCCCACAAGUUUCCCUGCUGAGUUUGGGUCAAAUCUUCCAAGAAUAUUACCACCUGGUGUUUCUUCGUCCUGCAUCCUCCUCUCUUUGUGUUUUGCUAAGGAAUAUUGAAAUAGAAGACACUAAAACAGAGUGGCGGAUCUACUCAGUUAAAAAAUGUAAAAACAACAACAAAUACAUAGAACAUGCUUAGACUUAAAAUCCACCUGAAGAGUCCUACUGUUAACUCUUACAUAAUGCCAUUACCAUCAGUGUUAGACAUUUUUAAGAACUGGUGCACAACAUUUACACUUUUGUGUAUUUCUUGUUGGACAAGAAAUACAGUGAUGCUUAAAGGUUUGUGAACUCUUUCUGAGCUGCAUGAUAUACAUUUUUGCUUCUGUUUUUAGUGUGAGAAACAAAGAGGAUAUUAAUCUUUUAAAUUUUAAUGUCCAGCCUCAGUUAAAAUUAAAUACUUAAACUUUAUCUUGCUCUUUAGUAUGUAUUUACAAACUAAAACAUCUUUAGGUUUUAAAGAGGUAAUGAUCCAAUAUUACAUACAUAUCUGAGCUGAAAGGUGUUUGAACCUUUUCAGUCAGUAUCUUUUAUAGCUCCCCUUGUCUGUCACUAACUAUAACUAAAGUAACUAAAGUUAACAUGGAGCAUCCUAAAGGAAUUUUAGCCCCUUCAUCUGCAUAAAAGCUUUAACUCUGGAAUAUUGAUGGGUUUCUUCACCUAAACUGCUAGUUGUCUUUGUUGCAUAAGACACUUCCUGCUAGAUUUAUUUUAAUGACAUAUUUUCCUUUACAAUUUGAAAAAAUAAUCCUUGAUUCACUAAUGAUGACAAGUCAUCCAUUCACAGAUGUUAAAUUUUUUUUUUUUCCAUCAGCCUUCUGGCCUGUCCAUAUAAAUUAUAGCCAGUUUUAUUUUGAGAGAUUUUUCAUGAGGUGCCAUGAACAUCAAUGAGUAUAUUUACAACAAUUUUCUGAUAAUAAUCAGAAUCAGACGCUGCCAUGUUAAGACCCUUUUUUAAUUGCAUCAACCUGAAAAAAUGUCCUAUAUUGAGUGAGCAGUAAUCUAAUUAAGCUGUGGAGUAUCCCAAACUUAGUCGCGUUGUGAAUACAUGUUUACACUUUAAUAGUACUAUUAUAGUUUCUGAUGCAUCCCAUGACAAAUAUUGCAGCUUCAUAAUGGAUUUUUUUUCAACUGGGCUGUCUUUAUGUUCUUUUAAGACAAUCUUAUAUUUAUAAAAAAAAACUUUAAGGGUUCACAAACUUUUAAAUCAAAAUGAUCUCUUUAAAAAAAGAACAUAAGAUCAUGGUAGCAACUGAAUGAUCAAGUGGUCUUAUAUAAGCAAAGUGACUACAUUUAAGUAGUAGUGGGGACAGAAGAUGGACCUGGCUCACUGUUUUGGUUUGAUUCACAUAAAAAGCUCUUAUGACGUGUGCUGAAAACUGACCUGAGAUUUCAUUAUCCCCCUUUCAUGAGGUCAAAUGCAAUGUGAUAAUUCUCUAAUGAAGUUGGUCAAAAUCUGAAGCACAACUCCUGUUUAAACAGCCAAAGGUGGUUCAUUUGAUCCUUUUUGUGCAUCAGACUCAAGAACUUUUGGAGCUUAUCGAUGGGCAUUAAAUGUGUCAUUAUACCUCGAGAGAGAGAAGUUCACAUAACAAAUAAUAGACAUUGUGUAGGACACUAUUUAAAUCAUGACACAUGCCAUAUGUAUCAUAUGACUCACAGAUGCAGCAUUGAUACUAAUUAUGGUAGCAAUAAAUGCGACUAAAAACCUGCAGAGUCACAAACGUAACCUAAAGAUGUGUUUGGAAGAGUCGACUGUGUGUCAAGAGAAGUCAGAAACUAAAUGUGAAAGACUCAGUGACAAGCUGCAGACAGCAAAGUUACAUGCCCUUGAAUUUCAGUGAUUCUGGAGACCUUUUUAUUUACUACAUGAUGCUGAAUAUGUUAACAUGAAAUUCAGUUAUUUUUACAUUGAUGUAUUAAAUAUUCUUUUUGCAAAAUAUUUGAAGUAUUACGCAUCAACACAUAGACUUACCAUGGGUAAAUAUGUAUUGAGGAUUUUUACUGUAUGUAUAAUGUGUAUAUACAUAUAAAUAUAUAAAACAUUUCUAUAUAGUACUGGUGUAAAACAUAACCUAGUAAUACCAUGCAGUUUGCCAAAAGAUGGCGCUGUUAGGACCCCUUUAAGCUGCAUUGAGACAUUCAGUACUGGACAUUUACACCAUAGACACAUUAAAGCAGAAAACUGGUUUAA